GCCGGCGAGGGAAGGGGCUCAGCGAGGCAACGUGGUUCCCGCCCGGAGCUAAGUUCUCCGCGGCUCCCGCGGGCCCGUCCUUUUUGUGUCCCCCCUCAGGCCGUGUCUUGGAGGGUUCCGCCUCGCGGCGGGGCCGGGACCGAGCUGAAUCCGGCCUGGGUGGGCUCCCAGUCGGCCGGGGUCGGCGAUCCGGUUUGUCCCAUCCCGUGGCCUCCUCACGACCGCCUGAAGACAAAAGAGGCUCGGCGGGGGCGUCGUCGCCGCACGCCCGGAACCCAGUUCCUCGCUUCUCCCGCCGGGCCGGGCCGCCCUCCACCCGCGAGCGUCGGGAGCCGCGCCGGCCUGGGCGAGGCGGGGCGGCCGUAGCACCAGCCCCCGUCUCCGCCCCCGCGCCUCCCUGCCGUGCAAAACUCUGGUCGGCUUGCUUUCCAAUCACACUUAGGUUCUAUCAUUUUGAAAAGUCCCGACCUCUUCCCGCCUGGCCCCAUCCCGAGAACCGACUGAGGCUGUGAGUGUUUGGGGAAGCGGGCCUGCUUGGCGGCCGCAGCCCGGGCGUCCCACCUCCGCGCCGCAAGUCCGGCGCCGCGGCCCUGGGGCAUCGCGGAAAUGCGGAGCAGGAGCAAUUCCGGGGUCCGCUUGGACGGCUACGCGCGGCUGGUGCAGCAAACCAUCCUGUGUUACCAGGAUCCUGUCACAGGGCUGCUGUCAGCCAGCCAUGAGCAGAAGGACGCCUGGGUGCGGGACAACAUCUACAGCAUCCUGGCUGUGUGGGGCCUGGGCAUGGCCUACCGCAAGAAUGCUGACCGCGACGAGGACAAGGCCAAGGCCUACGAGUUAGAACAGAACGUGGUGAAGCUGAUGCGAGGUCUCCUGCAGUGCAUGAUGAGACAGGUGGACAAAGUGGAGAAGUUCAAGCACACUCAGAGUACCAAGGACAGCCUGCAUGCCAAGUACAACACUGCCACCUGCAGCACCGUGGUGGGGGACGACCAGUGGGGCCACCUCCAGGUGGAUGCCACCUCCCUCUUCCUCCUGUUCCUGGCCCAGAUGACUGCCUCGGGCUUACGUAUUAUUUUCACCCUCGAUGAGGUGGCUUUCAUACAGAAUCUUGUUUUUUACAUAGAAGCUGCAUAUAAAGUCGCUGAUUAUGGCAUGUGGGAGCGUGGAGAUAAGACUAAUCAGGGCAUUCCGGAAUUGAAUGCAAGCUCUGUAGGAAUGGCCAAGGCAGCACUUGAGGCAAUUGAUGAACUGGACCUUUUUGGAGCCCAUGGAGGACGCAAGUCUGUGAUCCAUGUCCUGCCUGAUGAGGUCGAGCACUGCCAGUCUAUCCUGUUUUCCAUGCUGCCAAGAGCAUCAACAUCCAAAGAAAUUGACGCUGGACUUCUUUCCAUUAUUUCUUUUCCGGCCUUUGCAGUGGAAGAUGUAAACCUUGUGAAUGUGACCAAAAAUGAGAUUAUUUCCAAGCUCCAAGGACGUUAUGGAUGCUGUCGCUUCCUUCGAGAUGGUUAUAAAACUCCAAGAGAGGACCCAAACCGAUUGCAUUACGACCCUGCUGAACUCAAGCUCUUUGAAAACAUUGAAUGUGAGUGGCCUGUGUUCUGGACGUAUUUCAUAAUAGAUGGAGUCUUCAACGGUGAUGCCGUUCAGGUCCAAGAGUACCGAGAGGCCCUGGAGGGAAUAUUAAUCAGAGGCAAGAACGGGAUCCGCCUGGUGCCAGAGCUCUACGCCAUCCCGCCUAACAAGGUCGAUGAAGAGUACAAGAAUCCUCACACAGUGGACAGAGUUCCUCUGGGGAAGCUGCCCCAUCUGUGGGGCCAGUCCCUGUAUAUCCUCAGCUCGCUGUUGGCAGAGGGAUUCCUUGCCACUGGUGAAAUUGAUCCCUUAAAUAGAAGAUUUUCCACUUCAGUCAAACCUGAUGUUGUAGUACAAGUCGCUGUUCUGGCAGAGAACAACCACAUUAAGGAGUUGCUGAGGAAGCAUGGGGUAAACGUCCAGAGCAUCGCGGACAUUCAUCCUAUUCGAGUCCAGCCAGGCCGGAUUCUUAGUCACAUAUAUGCCAAGCUUGGACGAAAUAAGAAUAUGAAAUUGAGUGGGCGACCUUAUCGGCACAUUGGCGUCCUUGGAACCUCUAAACUAUAUGUGAUUAGGAAUCAAAUCUUUACUUUUACACCCCAGUUCACUGACCAGCAUCACUUCUACCUGGCCCUGGACAACGAGAUGAUGGUGGAGAUGCUGAGGAUUGAGCUGGCCUACCUGUGCACCUGCUGGCGGAUGACGGGCAGACCCACGCUCACCUUCCCCAUCACCCACACCAUGCUCCUAAAUGAUGGCUCAGACAUUCAUUCUGCAGUUCUUUCUACAAUUAGAAAACUAGAGGAUGGAUAUUUUGGCGGAGCUAGGGUAAAAUUAGGGAACCUUUCAGAAUUUCUCACCACAUCAUUCUACACAUACCUGACCUUCCUGGAUCCAGACUGUGACGAGAAGUUGUUUGAUGAUGCCAGUGAAGGGACCUUCAGUCCUGAUAGUGAUUCAGAUUUGGGAGGAUAUUUAGAAGAUACCUGUAAUCAAGAAAGCCAAGAUGAAUUUGACCAGUAUAUCAACAACCUUCUGCAAAGCACGUCUUUGAAGUGCUACCUGCCCCCUCUUUGUAAGAAGACAGAAGACCGCUAUGUUUUCAGUGCUGUCCACUCCACUCAGGACAUUCUUUCCCUGAUGGCAAAAGCAAAGGGUUUCGAAAUUCCAUUUGUUCCCAUGACUUUGCCAACUAAAGUUCUAAGCGCCCACCGGAAAUCACUGAAUCUUGUUGAUUCUCCUCAGCCACUCUUAAAAAAGGCUCCCGAAGGUGACUUCCAGUGGCCCAGAGAUGACCGUGGUGACGUGGACUGUGAGAAGCUGGUUGAGCAGCUAAAAGAUUGUUCGAACCUGCAAGACCAAGCAGACAUUCUAUACAUUCUCUAUGUAAUAAAGGGUCCCAGCUGGGACACAAAUCUCUCCGGACAGCACGGGGUCACCGUUCACAACCUUCUCAGCGAGCUCUACGGGAAAGCCGGCUUGCACCAGGAGUGGGGUUUGAUUCGCUACAUCUCAGGCCUGCUCAGGAAGAAGGUGGAGGUCCUGGCCGAGGCCUGCACGGACCUGCUGUCACACCAGAAGCAGCUCACGGUGGGCCUGCCACCUGAGCCCCGGGAGAAGACCAUCUCUGCGCCCCUUCCCCCGGAGGAACUCACAAAACUCAUCUACGAGGCCAGCGGACAGGACAUCAGCAUCGCCGUCCUCACACAGGAGAUCGUGGUUUACCUGGCCAUGUACGUCAGGGCCCAGCCCAGCCUCUUCGUGGAGAUGCUCAGACUCCGGAUUGGACUGAUCAUUCAGGUGAUGGCCACGGAGCUGGCACGGAGCCUGAACUGCUCAGGAGAAGAAGCUUCUGAAAGUUUGAUGAACCUCAGCCCUUUCGAUAUGAAAAAUCUCCUGCACCACAUUCUAAGUGGGAAAGAGUUUGGUGUUGAAAGAAGCAUGCGCCCUAUCCACUCCUCCACGUCCAGCCCUGCCAUCUCCAUCCACGAGGUGGGACAUACUGGAGUCACCAAAACGGAGAGGAGUGGCAUUAGCAGACUGAGGAGUGAGAUGAAGCAGAGGUCCAGCACCCCGUCCUCGCCCACCGGCACAUCAUCAUCAGACUCAGGAGGAUAUCACAUCGGCUGGGGGGAGCGGCAGGGCCAGUGGCUGCGCAGGAGAAGGCUGGACGGGGCCAUCAACAGGGUCCCCGUGGGAUUCUACCAGAGGGUGUGGAAGAUCCUUCAGAAGUGCCACGGUCUCUCCAUCGAUGGUUACGUCCUCCCAUCCUCAACGACGCAAGAGAUGACCCCGCACGAGAUCAAGUUCGCUGUGCACGUUGAGUCGGUGCUGAACCGUGUGCCCCAGCCCGAGUACCGGCAGCUGCUGGUAGAAGCCAUCAUGGUUCUGACACUGCUCUCGGAUGCCGAGCUCAAUAGCAUUGGGGGUAUCAUCCACGUGGACCAGAUCGUGCAGAUGGCCAAUCAGCUGUUCCUACAGGACCAGGUGUCAGUUGGAGCUACAGACACCCUGGAGAAAGACCAAGUCACGGGAAUUUGCCACUUCUUUUACGACAGUGCUCCAAGUGGGGCUUAUGGGACAAUGACCUACCUAACGAAAGCAGUGGCUUCUCAUUUGCAGGAAUUGCUGCCUAAUUCAGGCUGCCAGAUGCAAUAGGGUCUUGCCUAUAAACAUGACCAUGCUAUGAAUCAGUCCCUUGCCCCCUAGCCUCAUUGGAAACUUUCUUCUGUCCCCCAAGAUCCCCUGUCCUGUCACAAAAGCAUGUCCCAUCAGAAAUGCUGGCGGGGAGGAGAUGGCAGCACUCAACCUGAAGCCACAGACAGAGCUGAUGACUCCUGUGCUCCCUAAGGAGCGCCCUGGGAUCAUUUUCUAGGUACAUUUCACUGGAACAUUUGUCACAGCAUCUGGUCUCGCAGACUCUGAGGAGGAAUUGGAAAUUGGUCUCUUUUGAGUGCAGAGUGAAUUGAGAAGCCAGCUUAAAUUGGCUCUCGCUGAGUUACAGAAAUAGGUUCGAUGAGCUGGUGACACAUCCUAAAGAUGGAAAGAUCCUUCCAGCAGCAGUAGCUAGACAAGCAGACCUUGACAAGGGGAACAUCUUACCAGGAUGCAGUCUGUCUGCAGACCAAACUGUUUACCAAACAGAGCAAUUCUAUCUUUCUGUGGCAUUCUGCUCUUGUGCCUUGCUUGCUUGCUUAGCCUCUCAUUUCAUUGGCAUGACUACCUUCGUGUAAUAUAAUUCUCUGUCAGCACGAUUUAGGAAAUAGCUCCUAGUUAACUUUGGCUCAUGAUCUUCAGGAUUUUAUCCUGGCUGCCCAUGAAUUAGGACUUUCUCCUGCCUAACAAAAAAUCCUACAUCUUCCAGAAUCUAGCAAAAAAAAAAUAGGUGAGGAUCCAGCUCUUCUUCUAGGCGGGCAAACUAUGUUUUUAGGUCUGAGCAAGUAGGGAGGCCCUGGGAAGGCCUGUGCCCCCAGCAUGGGUGAACGUCCCAGGCUCUGGGGGAACCACCACGUCGCAAGCAUGAGCCAGCAGAUGCCACACAAACUAGGGGUGUGUUCCCGCAGAAAUGGUUCUUUCUACUUCAAAAGACAGCCAGGCAGGAACUUGAACCCUCUUCAUGGAAGCACUUCCGUCUCCGCUCACAGGUAGGUGUGCUCCCAGCCACUGGCUCCUGGGGCGCAAGCAGUAAGUCACGACGGUCUGGUGGGUCCUUCACCGGUGUGCUGCAGGUGGAGCUGCUCUCCAGGCCUUGGCUUACCUUGGGGCAUGAGCAACAGCAACAGGGAAAACAGCUUCUGUCAAUAAUAAACCUUGGAGAGCUGUCCCCUGGUGGCCUGAUGGUGCACUCUGUUCAAGAGUGGUGGCUUAGAUUCGUGGCAACUCAGCCCCUGACAUGGAAGCAAGGCUACUGGAUUAUUUCCUCGGAAGUUUAUGUGGAGGUGGCUGCUAGCUGUUUCAAGAGGACAUCGCUGUGCCCAGCACCCCUCAGAGCCAAGACACAGUCCUGGCAGUUAUUCUUGAAGCAGAGGACAGGCCAGAUGGCAGAGUCUCUUUUCAGUCCAAGCCAGAUACCCUGUAGGAGACAGUCGCAGAGCACUUGUCUAGGCCUGGUGGUGUGCAGGCGUCGUUCAUGUGGGACUUCAUUUCCUCCAAACUACAAUGGUCCUUGCUGUGGCACAGAGUGGUUACCAAAAGAAAACUCCCCCAGUGUCUCAGUUUCUGCUGCAAUGGACUUGUGCAUUCCUCUCAUUUGGGGAGCAGAUCCCAGAGAUGGAGUGGGCAGCCGGGCCUGGCCCCCAGCUCCUGCAUUGCCCCUGCACUUUCCUGGGCACCCCUGUCCCAGACAAGGCAGAGGCUGUCCCUCGGGGCUGGUGGCAGUGAGGCAGCAGCCCCCGGCUGGAGCCACUCUCCCCUCGCCUGCCUGGUCGCCCCCAUCUGCCUCUGUGCCUCCAGGGUCCCAGCCUCCCAGGUCUCUUAGUAGCAUUUCCACAGCCUUUUUUUGUGUGGUGUCUUGUGGUGACAUAAACAAGGGUCAUAGAGUCAUUCACCAGACAGCUCUCUGGUGGGUCGUUUGCAAUCUAGAUGAUGUAAGGAAGGCACAAGGUGUGACAGUCCAGUGGAUUCAAGGGAAAAGCGUGGGGAAAGCUGGCAGCCUCCAAAAUGAGCCAGAGCCAGUGCCCAUCUAGAGCGUCACCUGCCUGUGAGGACACAGAAGCCACAGCUGCCGGGAGGGGCUGUCAUAAGCGAUUCGGCAAGCCUUGAAAAUGAAGUCUUGAAGCAGGGCUGCAUUUCCCCAGGCAUCACGCUGGCAGCUUCAAGCAAGGAGAGCAGGCUUCUGAGGCUGGAUCCCUUUAGCCGAGGCCUGUGCAGGGACAGGAGAGACAUGUGAGUGACCACAGAGUUCCUGUCCCGACACAUCCUUGCUUGGGGGAGCUCCAUUUCCACACCAGUCGCCAGUCUCGAAUGGGCCCUGCAGCCCCCAGAUCCUUGGGUCUCGGGGUCCAUGGAGGAACUGUUUCCUAUCUAUCCCCUCAGAGCUGAAAAGCCGAUCUUGACCUUUGCUGGGGCUGGGGGGUAGAACAUUCUGUCUCAGAGGACAAGCCUUUGGGGCCAGGAACAGACAUUGCUUUCACCAUCUUCAGUUGAAAAGCAGCUGGCCACCUCACCCGCUGCUCUCCCUGGCAUUGACCCAGCACUGAUAUUUGGGAGUGAGUUAAUCUCUGUGUGCCUCAGUUUGCUGAUCUGCAGGAAGUGCGAGAGACCUGCAGACUGGCACAGCACUAAGCAUGAGGGAAUGAGAUGAAUGCCCCUGUAGUGGGUUGAAUUAUGUCCCCCCAAAACUCACUGAAGCUUGAAUUGUGUCCCCCAAGUUUUAAGUAUCAGAAACUUGGUCCCCACUAUGACUGUUAAGAGGGUGGAAAAUCCUAUUAUGGUAAUUGAAAGGUGGAGACUUGAAGAGGUGAUUGGAUUGUAGGACCGUGCACUAGUGAAUGGAUUAAAAAUGGUGGUCAAGGGCCUGGUUCUGAGGGCUUUAAAAAAAGAGAGGAGAGUCUCUCUCUCUUUGUGCUCUCUCUGCUUCCACAGUCUUGCAAUGUGAAACCCCUGGGUCACUGUCACCACCACCAGAUGGACUUUGGACUUCCCAGCCUCAGAAACUGUAAGCAAUAAAUUUCAUUUCUUUAUAAAUUAUCCAGUUCCAGGUAUUUUGUUGUAA